AUGAUGGCGUACAUGAACCCGGGGCCCCACUACUCCGUCAACGCCUUGGCUCUGAGCGGCCCCGGGGUGGACCUGAUGCACCAGGCCGUGUCUUACCCGAGUGCUCCCAGAAAGCAGCGGCGGGAGCGGACCACCUUCACCCGGAGCCAGCUGGAGGAGCUGGAGGCCCUGUUCGCCAAGACCCAGUACCCCGAUGUGUACGCCCGCGAGGAGGUGGCCCUGAAGAUCAACCUGCCCGAGUCCCGGGUUCAGGUCUGGUUCAAGAACCGCAGGGCUAAGUGCAGACAGCAGCGGCAGCAGCAGAAGCAGCAGCAGCAGCCCCCAGGCGCGCAGGCCAAGGCCCGUCCUGCCAAGAGGAAGGCGGGCGCGUCCCCGAGGCCCUCCGCUGAUGCCUGUCCAGACCCCCUGGGCAUCUCAGAUUCCUACAGCCCCCCUCUGCCCGGUCCCUCAGGCUCCCCCACCACAGCGGUGGCCACUGUGUCCAUUUGGAGUCCAGCCUCAGAGUCCCCUUUGCCCGAAGCCCAGAGGGCCGGGCUAAUGGCCUCAGGGCCUUCUCUGACCUCAGCACCCUAUGCCAUGACCUACGCCCCAGCCUCUGCUUUCUGCUCUUCCCCCUCAGCCUAUGGGUCUCCCAGUUCCUUCUUCAGUGGCCUGGAUCCCUACCUUUCUCCCAUGGUGCCCCAGCUGGGGGGCCCGGCUCUCAGCCCCCUUUCUGGCCCCUCCAUGGGACCCUCCCUGGCUCAGUCGCCCACCUCCCUGUCAGGCCAGAGCUACAGCGCUUACAGCCCGAUGGACAGCUUGGAAUUCAAGGACCCUACUGGCACCUGGAAAUUUGCCUACAACCCCAUGGACCCUCUGGACUACAAAGAUCAGAGUGCCUGGAAGUUCCAGAUCUUAUAG